AUGAACGCCGCCGCCACCGCCAGUCCACCACCACCGCAGAAUCCUCAUCCGGCAAUGUCUUUCUCUUCCGCCCCCGGCGUCGGCGCGACCUCUGAGAUCGCCGCAGCCUGUGCGGAAACCCACAUCAGGGCAGGACCCAUAAGAGGGUAUGCUUGUGGGCCGCUGCCGCCGCCGUUAUCGUGGAACCCUAGGGCAGGGCAUGGUCGCGUUGCGGGCAGCGAGGAGCGGCGCAAGACCAUGCCGGCUAUUCCCUACACCAUGCAAAACCCUAGCUCCCGUCUGAUACGCACUGCAUCUUCCCCCUUCGGUAGAUCUUCGAGUACAACGGGAGUGCCGUGGUGGCGAUGGCGGGGAAGAACUGCUUCGUGA